AUGAGGGUGAUCAAAGCCUCUUCCUUUCUAAGAGCGGGUUCCCAAUUCCUGGACGUCAUGGAAGAGCUGUUCAGCAAGUCCUCCCUCCGGUCCUACUUCGCCGAGUUCAUCUCCACCUUCAUCUUCGCUUCUUGCCGGUUUGGGCUCUGCGAUCUCUGCCGAUGUCCGAGACUGACUUUACUAGGGCAUGUCGGGCGGCCCCCGGCUGGCGCCACUGGGGAGAAUUGCCACAUCCUGGUGGUGGCCAUGGCGCAUGCUUUUGCCCUGUUCGCGGCGGUGUUCACCUCGGCUCAUAUCUCCGGCGGCCAUGUCAACCCAGCAGUGACGAUGGGGCUGGUAAUGGGAGGUCACGUCAGCAUUCUGAGCGGAGUUUGUUUCGCUUGGCUCAGCUCUUUGGGUUCCACCAUUGCUUGUGUCCUCUUGAUGCUCCUCACACCAGGCCAGGCGAUACCGCCAGGUGAGUUAGCUCCACACGACGGGCAUGGCGGCACGGCGACGGAGUUCAUAGGGACAUUUGCUCUCGUCUACACAGCCUGCGCCGCAAGAGACCGAGAAAGGGACCGCAUGGGAUAG